AUGUGAGGGAUACGUAUGUGAUGUGUUAGCUGCGAGAAACAUCUACAAAAUAAGAUAUAACAGCUUUGAUUUGAGUUCUGAGUUUACUGCAUGUCCUUUCGGGCUUGCCGUAGGUUAAUGAUCUCGCUUGAGGUACUCGCGGUCAAAGUCGGUCAAAGUUAAGUUAAACCGGUGCUGACAGCUUCGGAGCGGCUGAAACCUUCACGUAUCUCCACGAUGACAGCACGAAAUAUUACUCGAUUCUGGGAAUGGGGGAGGAAGAUAAUCUGUGUCGGGAGAAACUACGCGGAUCACGCCAAAGAGCUGAACAAUGCGAUUCCUACAGAGCCCAUCCUGUUCCUGAAGCCCCCCUCUGCAUACGUGAGAGAGGGCUCCUCCAUCCUGGUGCCCAGGUACUCCAACAACCUGCACCACGAAGUGGAGUUAGGGGUGGUCAUCGGGAAAGGGGGCACGGCCAUACCACAGGCCGCCGCUAUGGAGCACGUUGCUGGCUAUGCGCUGUGCUUGGACAUGACAGCCCGGGACGUCCAGGACGUGUGUAAGGCCAAGGGUCUUCCCUGGACCCAGGCGAAAGCGUUCGACACCUCCUGCCCCGUCAGCGACUUCAUCCCUAAAGAGAGCAUCCCCGACCCGGGCAAUGUGAAGCUGUGGCUGAAGGUGAACGACCAGCUGCGGCAGAGCGGCUGCACCUCCCAGAUGAUUUUCUCCAUCCCCCAUCUCAUCAGCUACAUCAGCGAGUUCAUCACCCUGGAGGAGGGGGAUCUCAUCCUGACGGGGACCCCGAAAGGAGUCUCCGCCGUGCAGGAGCAUGAUGAGCUGCAGGCUGGGAUCGAGGACGUUGUCACCAUGAGCUUCAGGGUGGAAAAACAGAAGUGAAAAGAAAAGACACACAUGAGGCGAAAGAAACACUCAGACUCGUGAAGAGAUUGUGUUUUUGCUGGAGGGUUGAAUGUUAAUCAUGUUAAAUAUAUUUACAAAUACUAUGUCGGCCAGCAGAUGGCAGUCUCGAUCCAUCAGCACCACAUUGCUGACCCUGUCUUGUUAAAUGUUUGGUCACAGUUUGGUCAUUGAAUGAUCUCAUGAGUGCACCUUUGAUCUGCUUUGUUUUGUUAUUGCUUAAACCAGGGAUGUAAAAAUAAUUCAUCGCACUUUGUCGCUGUCUUUGUUUCCAAUCAUCAGUGGUGGGAAGAAGUAUUCAGAACUUGUACUCAAAUUAAAGAUGUAAUAUGUUGUUAACAUAUUUUUGGAAAAUGCAAGUUGAAGUAAUGAUGUUUUGCUUUAUCCGCAAAAUAAUACAUGAUCUAAUUAUUGGAGACAGAAUGACCACUGUCAGUGUUUUAUUAUAAUAUGUAACAUGUUUAGAUUAUUAUUAUUAUUAAUAUUAUUAUUAAUGCAUUAAAGUGUACGACUCAU